UCCUCCUGGGCCUGCUUGGUGUGUUCAUUUGCCACAUGCUGAAGAAGAAGGGCUACCGCUGCACCACCAAUGCUGAGGAACCCGAGGAGCCUGAGAAAGAGGAAGAGAAAAAUCUGGAUUCUGGAGACAUGAAUGACACCUACAGUGAGGGCAACACAGAUACCGUUGGCCAGAUCGUUCAAUUCAUCAUGAAAAAUGAAGCUAACACAGAUGCACUGGCAGCCAUGAUUUCUAGGAACAAUACAGAAGCUGAAGGUGCUCCUCCGACACCCGUCACACCAGUGACUCCUGUGACUCCUGAAAGCCCUGAUACCCCUGUGUCACCUGGUGCCCCUCUGGGAGCUGCCAAACACACCUGUAAUCACCUUCACACUAUCGGUGGAGUGGUGGGCCACAACAACAUGUGUAACCGCUGCAGUCAAAAGAAAUGGCCCCUGAUGCGACGUGGGUCCAACAGGAAGGUGGAGCGACGCAGCCAUGCAGGAGAGGUCACCGUGCUAGCAGUGGGCAGGUUCCGCGUCACCAAGACUGACCCUCGGCCAGCCCGAGAAAGUCGCAGCCUGCUUGUCACUGAGCCCAACGGAAGUGUUCCCACAACUCCAGUGAAGACCGAGCCUACGUUGAACAGCAGUACGUUAUUACAGCCUCAGGUGGAAGCUGAUAAUAAAAAGUGACGUACAGUCAGAUACGGUCAAUGGAUUUGAAAACUUUUUAAACCAAAUCACCGAGCCAUCACAGCGAAGGGAGGAAGUGAUCGACCAUGGAACUGCAAUUUCUAAACCCUUUACAGGGCUUAGAAAAACCAGCCGGAGGUAAAACCAAAAAAAAAACAAAGGUAAAAAUAUGAAAGGAGAAAACCAAAUUAACUUUUAAUAUUUGAACUGCAGUAUUAGACUCUGCCCUCUU